UUACGAGUAACACUGUCAGACACAUUGAGACACGUGUCGUUGACAGAGCAACGUUGUUCUGUUGCUCCUAACCUCAAUAUUAAACAUAUGUCAACGUAUAGCCACUUCGAAUUAGCAAUUAUUUAACAAUGGUUCAUAAAAGCACCAGAAUAAAACUUUUGAUUUGCGCAGGUGGUAUUUUUAUUUGUUACUUUUAUUUUGGUGUCCUCCAAGAGAAGAUUACUAGAGGUAGUUAUGGAGAGGAUGGAAAUAAGGAAAAAUUUACCUAUGUGUUCGCAUUGGUUUUCGUGCAGUGUCUUGUUAAUUAUGCUUUUGCGAAAAUAAUAUUGCUGACAGUGAUGAAACAAGGUGAAGACAAUACACGGACACUCUAUUAUGCCACUUCUUCGCUAACAUAUUUACUUGGCAUGGUGUCCAGUAAUAUGGCAUUACAAUUUGUGAGCUAUCCCACGCAAGUGGUGGGUAAAGCUGGCAAACCAAUUCCUGUAAUGAUUCUUGGAGUAUUACUUGGAAAGAAGGUGUAUCCAAUGAGGAAAUAUCUAUUUGUGCUUCUAAUUGUUAUUGGAGUAGCUUUGUUUAUUUAUAAAGAUCACAAAGGAAAUACAGUACAAACUGAUGCGCAAAUGGGUUUUGGAGAACUUUUAUUGUUUUUGUCACUUAUAAUGGACGGGCUGACUGGUGCAGUACAGGAAAGAAUGAGGGAUGAACACAAAUCUCAGUCUGGACACAUGAUGCUAAAUAUGAACUUUUGGUCAGUUAUAUUCAGUGGUACAGUGAUCAUCAUAUCUGGAGAACUGUUUGAAUUCAUUAGGUUUUUACAAAGACAUCCAAAUGCAGUUUGGCAUUUGAUAUCAUUCUCUGCAGCUGGAGCUCUUGGUCAAUUUUUUAUAUUUUUGACUGUCGCAGAAUUUGGUCCUUUAACAUGUUCUGUUAUGACAACCACUAGGAAGUUUUUUACAGUUCUUGGAUCUGUCUUGUUAUUUGGUAAUAAUUUAUUACCAAGACAAUGGAUAGCAACUGUUAUUGUAUUUUCUGGACUAUUUUUGGAUGCCAUGUACGGCAAAACGAAAAUGGUUAUAAAAGAGACACUAAAAUAAAUAAAUAAAAUAUUCCACAUAUUGA